GCCGCGGGGACGCGCACGGCCUGGGCUCCCACGGACAGAGGGAUGAAGAGAGGGCGCGCGAUCCCGCGUCAGUUUUGAAAUGUGGGACACGGUUACCUCCAGCACGGACACAGCGAUUUAAAGCAGCAGCUGGGAAAGUGACGGGAGCGCGCAGCUCGCAGCCGGCGACAUCUCGAGGCGCGGUCAGCGCUCGGUUUGUAUCUCGGCGCCGGGGGACAGGGGGAUGGUGGAGCGCUGGCUGAGCGGCGGCCCUGCCGUAUAGAGCGGCCGCACUGUCCGCCCGCCGUGGCUCCAUUGAUGUGAAGGUGCCAGCUCGCCUGUUUCCCUGCCUGUCGCUGCAACGGGGUAGGAUCAGCCCUCCCGCACAGCCAGGAUUCUAUACCUCAGCCGGACCUCGUUAAUCCAUUAUUAUUUUCCUUUGUGGUGGUGUUAAACCCCCCACCCCUCCUCAGGACUAUGGCUGACGACGACGUGCUGUUUGAGGAUGUGUAUGAGCUGUGCGAGGUGAUUGGCAAGGGUCCAUUCAGCGUUGUCCGAAGAUGUAUCAACAGAGAAACUGGACAGCAGUUUGCAGUAAAAAUUGUCGAUGUUGCAAAGUUUACAUCAAGCCCAGGCUUAAGCACAGAAGAUCUAAAAAGAGAAGCAAGUAUAUGCCACAUGCUAAAGCAUCCGCAUAUUGUCGAGCUCCUUGAGACAUACAGUUCAGAUGGAAUGCUCUACAUGGUAUUUGAAUUUAUGGAUGGAGCUGACUUAUGCUUUGAAAUUGUAAAGAGGGCAGAUGCUGGAUUUGUAUACAGUGAAGCAGUUGCCAGCCAUUACAUGAGGCAAAUUUUGGAAGCAUUAAGGUACUGUCACGACAACAACAUCAUUCACAGAGAUGUAAAGCCUCACUGUGUACUGCUUGCCUCAAAAGAGAACUCAGCACCUGUCAAACUUGGAGGUUUUGGAGUGGCAAUACAGUUAGGGGAGUCUGGUUUAGUAGCUGGAGGUCGUGUAGGAACACCACAUUUUAUGGCACCAGAAGUAGUAAAAAGAGAGCCCUAUGGAAAACCUGUAGAUGUCUGGGGAUGUGGAGUGAUUCUUUUUAUUCUGCUAAGUGGAUGUUUGCCUUUUUAUGGCACAAAAGAAAGGUUGUUUGAAGGCAUUAUCAAAGGGAAGUAUAAAAUGAAUCCUAGACAAUGGAACCAUAUAUCUGAAAGUGCCAAAGAUCUGGUUCGCCGCAUGCUAAUGCUGGAUCCUGCUGAAAGGAUAACUGUGUAUGAAGCACUUAAUCAUCCUUGGCUAAAGGAGAGAGAUCGAUAUGCAUAUAAGAUUCAUCUACCAGAAACUGUAGAACAGCUGAGAAAAUUCAAUGCAAGGCGGAAAUUAAAGGGAGCAGUUCUAGCUGCUGUGUCUAGCCACAAAUUUAAUUCAUUCUAUGGGGAUCCUCCUGAGGAGUUGCCUGACUUUUCUGAAGACCCAACAUCAUCAGGACUUCUAGCAGCAGAAAGAGCGGUGUCACAAGUACUGGAUAGCCUAGAAGAGAUUCAUGCGCUCACAGACUGCAGUGAGAAGGACCUCGACUUUCUUCAUAGUGUUUUCCAAGAUCAACAUUUGCAUACUCUCCUAGAUCUUUAUGACAAAAUUAAUACAAAGUCAUCACCACAAAUCAGGAAUCCUCCAAGUGAUGCUGUACAGCGAGCCAAAGAGGUGUUGGAAGAAAUAUCAUGCUAUACUGAAAAUAAUGAUGCAAAGGAGCUAAAGCGAAUCUUAACACAACCUCAUUUCAUGGCCCUUCUUCAAACACAUGAUGUGGUAGCCCAUGAAGUUUACAGCGAUGAAGCACUAAGAGUUACACCGCCUCCAACUUCUCCCUACCUAAACGGUGAUUCUCCAGAAAGUGCAAAUGGUGACAUGGAUAUGGAGAAUGUAACACGGGUCCGUUUAGUUCAGUUUCAGAAGAAUACAGAUGAACCAAUGGGGAUAACGCUAAAGAUGAAUGAGCUAAAUCACUGUAUUGUUGCAAGAAUUAUGCAUGGUGGAAUGAUUCACAGGCAAGGGACUCUUCAUGUCGGCGAUGAAAUUCGAGAAAUAAAUGGAAUCAGUGUAGCAAACCAGACUGUGGAACAACUUCAAAAGAUGCUGAGAGAAAUGCGGGGCAGUAUCACUUUCAAGAUUGUGCCAAGUUACCGCACUCAGUCUUCAUCCUGUGAGAGAGAUUCCCCCUCUACAUCCAGACAGUCCCCAGCUAAUGGUCAUAGCAGCAUUAGCAAUUCUGUUUCGGACAUUCCAUCAAUAACCCAGUCAAAAGGACGGCAGAUAUAUGUAAGAGCACAAUUUGAAUAUGAUCCAGCGAAAGAUGACCUUAUUCCAUGUAAAGAAGCUGGCAUCAGAUUUAGAGUUGGAGACAUUAUCCAAAUCAUUAGUAAGGAUGACCACAACUGGUGGCAGGGCAAACUGGAAAAUGCUAAAAAUGGAACUGCUGGUCUCAUUCCCUCUCCUGAACUUCAAGAGUGGCGUGUUGCUUGCAUUGCCAUGGAGAAAACAAAGCAGGAACAGCAGGCCAGCUGCACUUGGUUUGGAAAGAAGAAAAAGCAGUACAAAGACAAAUACCUGGCAAAGCACAAUGCAGUCUUUGACCAACUAGACCUGGUCACAUAUGAAGAAGUCGUGAGACUGCAAGCUUUCAAAAGGAAAACACUAGUCCUUUUAGGUGCACAUGGUGUUGGCAGAAGACACAUAAAGAAUACCUUAAUUACAAAACACCCUGACAGAUUUGCCUACCCUAUCCCACACACAACAAGACCUCCAAAGAAAGAUGAAGAGAAUGGAAAAAAUUACUUCUUUGUAUCUCAUGACCAAAUGAUGCAAGAUAUCUCCAACAAUGAAUAUCUGGAAUAUGGCAGCCAUGAAGAUGCUAUGUAUGGAACAAAACUGGAAACUAUACGAAAGAUUCAUGAACAGGGACCUAUUGCAAUACUAGAUGUAGAACCUCAGGCUCUUAAGGUCCUGAGAACAGCAGAGUUUGCUCCUUUUGUUGUCUUUAUUGCUGCACCUACAAUUACCCCGAGUAUCAGUGAGGACGAGUCUCUCCAACGCCUGCAGAAGGAAUCCGAGAUGCUCCAGAGAACGUACGCACACUACUUUGAUCUUACGAUUAUCAACAAUGAGAUUGACGAAACGAUUAGGCAUCUGGAGGACGCCAUUGAGCUUGUGUGCACAGCAGCGCAAUGGGUUCCUGUAUCCUGGGUCUAUUAGACCACUUUCGAGAUAACUGUCAACAUUUUAUGACUUCAGACCACCUUGUGCAGUACUUGGAGAAACCUCUUGUUCACUUUUUCAACCAUUCUUGGCCCCUAGAGACUACCUAUAUGUAGUGUGACAUAAAUUUAUAAUUAUUGUCAUGUCCUAUUAGAUGGAAAAGAAAACUAAGCAAAUUUUAAUGCUAAUUUAAAGAGACAGUAUCUUUUUUUACCUUUUGAUUUAUCCUAGAUUGUAUUAAAAUAACAUUUUUGAAAUAUAUGCAUUAAUCAAUUGUUUGGAAUGUUAUAUUUUUGGAAACCAUAGGGGUUUUGUUGUUGUUGUUUUUUUGUUUUUGUUUCAAAGGCCUCUUAAAACUGCACACAUGAUAUGCUGCUUUCUAUUCUCUAUUUUAAUAAUGUAAAACAUUUGAGUUUUUUCUUUUACCAGGGGUGUCACACUACAUUCUUCUGAGAGUCUUGGGUCAAAAAUCAGAUUAGGAAAGGCACUAUUUAAUUUAUUGGAAUAAUAUAGCCUGCAUCUAUUAAAGUGUGAAUUUCCAUGUCACAGCGGCCUUUUUAUUUUAGAUGGAUAAAAAAGAAACUUUCCUGCAUACUGCUUUUAUUUGAUACUGUCUCUUUGAAGAAAUCUGUAAACUAUUAGAGAUACGAAAUCGGGUCUUAAUGCAUGUGGACAGUCGCAAGCGUUUAUACUGUUGGUGUAUCUGUGUUGAACAAAGCUGUAACCUACUUACAGAAACAUACAUUCCGUUCAUGGGAAAUCGUACCCAAGGGAACUGAAUACAAUGAAUAUAACCAAGUUGUAAACCUAUGCACAUCCCUUGCAUUUUGGGCAACUUUAUAAAAAACAAAAAAAAAAACAGAGAGAUGAUUUUUAUUAUUAAUCAUGUAGUGAAAUGUGUUUGUAACUUUGUCUCAAUUUUAUUUGUUGUAAACGGGAGGGUAAUGACUGACUUUUUGCCAUUUCAGAUCUGUGUUUGUCUGAGAGUAUUAACGUUUUUAUUCAGUUAAAAAAAGAGAAAUGCUCUUUGUUUGGUUUUUUUUGUUUUUAAUGCGUAUCUAAUUGUGACGAAAUGCACAAGUUUUUAGAUAAAUGUGCGCAAGGCAGUUGGGGGUUCCUAUCAAAGUAAAUAGCUUCUAUUUAAAUAAACAAAAGCCCUGUAAAUUCUUCAGAAAAAAAAUGAAAAAUUAUAGUCUGACCAAUAUUUUAUUAUUAUUAUUUCUUUUUUUAAAUAUACUUCCUUUUAUGUGUUCCAUAAUAAAAAUGCCUUUGGGUCAUUCAUUAUUCAUCAACAUGGCUGGGAAAUAAACCUGUCUUAAUUCUGGCGAUGCAUUGGAUGAUUGUAUAGUUAGUCUAGUGAUUACAUAGUGCGUUUGCUCUGAGACAAGACUCCUCUGUUCCAUUUGCUCAAUACAAUCAUUGAACUCUGAAGCACAAGUGUAUAUGUUUAGGCACAAAGAGAUGAACCGCAGCUGUGAAUGAAAUGAAAUACUUUGGAGCGAUUCAAAGAAAUCGUUGCAGUCUGAGUAAAUAAAGGGUUAUUUUUAUUUAUAUUCUUUCAAGGCUAAGACAAGUCAGUGAAACCACAUUUAUAUGGAGUCUUCCAGUAAUCACUUUCUCAUUGAGCUCUACAGCUAGUAUUAGCUCUGCAUAUGAAGGUUUUAUCCAUAUAACUGUAUUCUUUCUCCAUUAAUUGGUAAACCGUAUCCUAUCAUAUGAAAGGACCAAGUAUAUGUGAGAAAAUGGGGUGGGGUUGUCCAUUUCAUUUUAUUUUUUUUGUUUGUUUGCCAAAACAUGCACAUAUUUUUGCUUCUGUUCAUGUGAAAACGGUACUGUAUAACUGUGCCGCUGCCCAGUUAGGCUUCUUCCAAAUGGUACGGUCUAAAGUUGUUUCUUCUCAAGAAGUUCUAUUGAAUGUGUUUUAUUUUUAUCUGCAGGUCACACUGUAUUACUCUCCAAUCUUCAUUAAACACUGUUUUUUGUUUUUAUAAUAGUCUUACUGCAGACACUACAUUUAACUAGGGUUUGCUAAAACACUACAUUUAACAUUCUAUAUAGGGGUUUGUUAAAACGAAUUUCGUGGGGGACAUCGUUUGACAUAGGAAACAUAUCAGUGACAUUAUCUAAUAUCAAAGCCUCUCCUCAGCAAUGAUUUUAUAACUGUGUCGCAAGGAGACGCUACUGGUGCUAGAGAAUAUAUAUAUAUAUAUAUAUAUAUAUAUUUCAUGCUUUUGCUCAGCAGGUUUGUUUGUAAUACGUCGAUAUCUUCCAAACCCAGGGAGGUCCAGCCUGCCACCCUUAGCUGUUAUAGAGAACUGCAGUUCAGCAACAACUGGAGAUUGGAUGCCCCUUCUCCAAACCUACAUCUGGUUUUAUUGUUUGAAAAUGUUGCCAAGAAAAUGUUUCCAGUGCCUGUUAAUAAUCCUAUAACAUAGACUUUAUAUCCAUGUUGAUUUCAAAUGUACCAUCGUCACUUCACAUAACUUUUGUUUUAUUGCAUGUUGGGAAAUCUGUCAUUGCUUUGAUCCUAGCCAAGACAAAGGGCUACAUGUCAUUUAAUUGUGCAUAUAAAUGAAAGAUUAAUUUCAUUGAUCAGCCCUUUCUGCCACAAUGAAUUAACGUGUGGUCCAGUUUGUUCUUUCAACUAACGCUCCAGUAAUUUCUGGGAUUAAACUGUGAACAUGGGUGGCAUUAUUUUUAAUGAAUACCAGUUGUUUUGUGAAAAGUGUGUACAUCUGACUAAAGCAAAUGGGUAACCAAUAUCUUAAUCUGUUCUAGAAGUCUCAACUGUACAUAAUGAGUUAUAAAGGAAGAAACAGACACUGUUACUUUGUAAGAUUGGUUAAUUGGCAUUAAACCAGGUAAAAUAUCGUUGUAAAAUGUUA